CCCUCCUCUUCCCACUUCGGCAGCUCGUGCUUGGCGCUCCACGGCGGCGCCCACGUGUCUUCUUCGCCUUGCUUCUGCGCCUCGUGCCUCUUCUUUCUGCUCCUCAUCCCUCGCGCCGCCGCAUCCUCAGCGCAUCACCCUCUCGCCCUCGCCCCCAUGUCGCGCGCUCCGCCGCCGCCCGGCGUGCGGCCUCCUCGCCUGGCGCCCGUGUCGCCCAAGACGCCGCUGCGUGCCUCGGCGGCUGCCUCUGCGUCCGCCGCUGCAUCGUCCUCCUCCUCCUCCUUCUCUCCCGCCGCGCCGCCUACACCCGCCGCGGCCUCGCCCGCGCCUGCGCCCGUGCCCGUGCCCGGCUCAGGCUAUCGCUCCGAACGGCGCCCCUCCACCGCGCCUUCGGAGCCGCAGGCUCGCGAGUCGCUCGGCUCGGGCUCGGGUGCGGGUGCAGACUCGAUGCAUCUGAGCCUGGUGCCCCAAGGCAAGGCUGCCGGAUUCACGUGGAUCUGCCUAGGUGUGGGCGGCGGACCGCUGGAGGGCGACUGCAGCUGCUACAUUGUCAAGCCGCACGAACAGGAGUGGGAGGAGGGAUAUGCCGUUGUAGAGGGCGGUUCCUGGCUCGGAGCGCUCACGCGCGUGCUGGAGGAUUCCUCCUCCUCCUCGGCCUUUGCCAGCACGGCCUUCCCGCAUGCCUCCGCGGCGUUGCGAGCGGGCUACAUCGGCUCCUUCGCCUCCUGUUUCCUCAUCACGCAUGCGCAUCUCGACCACAUCCUCGGCCUCGUGCUCGGCAGCGCCAGCCUGCCCGGCAAACGUGCCGUGUGGGGCCUGCGCGCCACGCUGGAGAAUCUGCUCGAGGUGUUCAAUGGCAAGAUCUGGCCGAAGCUGGCGAGCUUCAAGGAGGAUGAGCCGCAUACGGUAUAUCACUUGCGCAGUCUGGAGAGUCAAAGCAUCACGCCGCUCUCGCCCGGCCUCUCUGUCCUGCCGUUCGCACUGUCCCACGGCCUCAACCCCGCACAGCCUCCCGCGCCGCCGACGCCCACGCAGCACAUGGCGCCCCGCCCGCCUUCCUACUUCAACAAGCGCUUCUCUCUGCCUCUCUCUGCGCCGCACUUCUCGGGCUGGGGUCCCAUGCAUUCUGCGCUCCCACCUGCGACGGCAGGAGGCGAGCGACCGACGUUUACGUCGCCGUUCGCCCCCGAACGCGAGGCGCUGUCGAACGCCACAUUCACGGGCGCGACGCUGCGCGACCAUGUGUCGGAGGAGAGCUGGAGCGAGAGUGGGAGUGCGGUGCCCGACUCUGCGGGUCCGCUGAGCGCCAGCAACAGCGCUGGCGCCAGUGCCGCAGCCGGACCUUCUUCCGACUCGCGGCCCGGCUCCGGCAAGUCGACUCCCGCGCCGCUCGAGUCGCCCACCGAGCACGGCGGUGCACUCGCGCCAUUGCCAGGACAAAGCACCCUGCCUCUGCGGCGCGUCGGCAAUGGCCCGCCACGCGCGCGGCGACCUCGCACCGCGCAAGGCGCCGAACGUCACAUGGAGGCCAAGGCCGCGCACUCGGACGCACUGCAGAGCGAGACGCCCGCUUCUUCGCGUGCGCCGCCUCCGAGACGCGUGAGCAUUGAUCGGUCUCCUCCCGCGCUCGACUCGACGGCAUUCUUCAUCAGCAACCGCGCCACGGGCUCCGACGUGCUCUUCUUUGGCGAUGUCGAGCCGGACAGCAUCUCGCAGUCGCCGCGCAACAAGCGCGUCUGGCAACAUGCAGCCUCGCGCUUCGUCGUCGAUCAGCUGCACGCCGUCUUUCUGGAGUGCAGCUUCCCCGCCUCGCAUCCGACGGCGUUCCUGUAUGGCCAUCUCAACGUCAGUCAUCUCUUCGACGAACUGCGAUCGCUGGCGCGCUGCGUCGUGGCCGAACGCAGAAGGAGAGACACGCUGAAGCGCAGCGGUGCAUUCGAUGCGACAAGCUCCGCUGCCGCACCGCCUCUCUCCGCCGAAUCCUCGCCAUCACGCAGCGGCAUGCAGCGCACCCGUGUGCCACCUCCGCUGCCCAUGGCGCCCGCCGCGCCAGCCUUCAUCGCCGAAGCCGAGCUGCGCGGCUCGCUCCAAGGCCUGACAUUCAUCAUCAUCCACGUCAAGACGGCCCUGUUCCCCUCGUUCCAGGCGGCCGAGAGCGUCGACGAGAGCGCCGGCGCGGCGCCAAGGCCGCGCAUCAUCGAUCCCAGAACGAUGAGGGAGCGCAUCUUGGAGGAGCUGAGGGAGAUGGAGGAGGAGAUGCAGCUGGGCGCGCGGUUCGAAAUGGCCCAGUCGGGCAUGCGCAUCGAAUGCUGAGCAUCUCUCUUCCUCCUUCUGCUGGACCUGUCGCUUCUGUUUCUUC